AUGGGUGGCAAUAGUAAUGGAAGUGCAGGGUCGGAUUUAGGAUCUCUUAGUAGUCCAGUGAGUAUUUUUAUUGACAACAAUGAUAAUCUAUUCGUUUGUGAUCGAGAUAAUUUUCGCAUACUAAAAUUUACUCCUAAUGCAACUACUGGAGUUAUUGUCGCUGGGAAUGGAACGGCUGGGAAUGAAUCUAAUCAAUUGAGAGGACCUAAAGGUGUUGCUAUUGAUCAAUAUGAUGAUAUUAUUGUUGCUGAUAGUGAUAAUUAUCGAAUACAAAAAUUUGUCAAUGGUUCCACAUUGGGUAUUACACUGGCUUCCAAUUCAUCAAUAAAUCCUCUCGGUCAAAUGCGAGAUUUACAUAUUGAUGUCAAUAAUAAUAUAUAUGUUACUGAUUCCGACAACAAUCAAGUUGUUAAAUUUAUUCCUUUUUCAUCGAUUGGUGUCGUGGUAGCAGGCGGAGGGCCAGCUGGUCCAGGAACCGAUCAACUAUCGGGUCCAUUUGGAAAUUUUGUAGAUCCUAAUGGAACGUUGUAUGUAGCUGAUGAUCAAAAUUUUCGCGUAAUGAAAUAUUUUCCUGGAUCAUUGAAUGGAACCAUAGUAGCUGGUAAUGGAACAGCGGGUUCAAAUUCGUAUCAACUGGCUCGUUCUAUAUCGAUCAUUGUUGAUAAUAAUGGGUAUAUCUAUGUGGCUGAUUAUGGCAAUGCAAGAAUCAUGCGUUGGACAACGAAUUACGCAGUGGGUGGCGUUUGUGUUAUUGGUUGCACCGGAACAUCAGGUACAUCUGCCACUCAAUUACGCGGCCCAAGAGAUCUGAAAUUUGAUAGACACGGUAAUAUUUACGUAACUGAUCAGGCAAAUCAUCGAAUACAAAAAUUUUUAAUCCAAAUACCUACAGCAGGUUGUUCUAUCAGUCCCGUUGGCAUUUAUGCUUUGACGAUUUCGACAUGUGCCACAUGGAAUGAUACUGGACUAACAAUGGGUGGCAAUAGUAAUGGAAUUCCAGGGUCGAAUUUAGAAUCUCUUAGUACUCCAGUGAGUAUUUUUAUUGACAAUGAUGAUAAUCUGUUCGUUUGUGAUCGAGACAAUGUUCGCAUACUCAAAUUUACUCCUAAUUCAACUACUGGAAUUAUUGUCGCCGGGAAUGGAACGGCUGGCAAUGAAUCUAAUCAAUUGAGAGGACCUAAAGGUGUUGCUAUUGAUCAAUAUGGUGAUAUCAUUGUUGCUGACAGUGAUAAUAAUCGAAUACAAAAAUUUGUCAAUGGUUCCACAUCGGGCAUUACACUAGCUUCCAAUUCAUCAAUAAAUCCUCUCGGUCAAAUGAAAGAUUUACAUAUUGACGUCAAUAAUAACAUAUAUGUUACUGAUUACGACAACAAUCAAGUUGUUAAAUUUAUUCCUUUUUCAUCGAUUGGUGUCGUGGUAGCAGGCGGAAGGCCAGCUGGCCCAGGAACCAAUCAACUGUCGGGUCCAUUUGGAAAUUUUGUAGGUCCUAAUGGAACGUUGUAUGUAGCUGAUGAUCAGAAUUUUCGCGUAAUGAAAUAUUUUCCUGGAUCAUUGAAUGGAACCAUAGUAGCUGGUAAUGGAACAGCGGGUUCAAAUGCGUAUCAACUGACUCGUUCUAUGUCGAUCAUCGUUGAUAAUAAUGGGUAUAUCUAUGUGGCUGAUUAUGGCAAUGCAAGAGUCAUGCGUUGGACAACGAAUUACGCAGCCGGUGGCGUCUGUGUUAUUGGUUGCACUGGAACAUCAGGUGCAGCUGCCACUCAAUUACGCAACCCAAGAGAUCUGAAAUUUGAUAGACACGGUAAUAUUUACGUAACUGAUCAAGGAAAUCAUCGAAUACAAAAAUUUUUGAUCCAAGGUUGUUCUAGUAAGUCACCGAAAUGA